GGCGAGGUGGAGUUGAAGGGACGCCAGGGGGGAAAGCUUUGGGGAGCAAAACCGUACGGAAGGUGUGGGAAAGAAGGGUGAAAAGGUUAUGUGAUGUCAGUGCGAGACAGAAGCAAAGAUAGACAUGCAUUCCAGCCACACAACUGGGAAUGGCUGCCGAGCACAGGAAGUUACCCAGUUAAUCAAGAAACAGCUGGUGAACUCCAUCAAGGCCCUGCAGAAGCAUUACGUGACCUCUGAUGCUCUUGUAACAAGUGAUGAUCGGGAUGCUAAUACACUUUGCUGUGUAUUGGAGGCCGUGUUUGUGCAUGGUUUGAAGACCAAGCACAUCAAAGCAGAAGUUGGAGCAAAAGGGAGAAAACAUGGGGGGCGCCUUCCCCAGCCAGUGUUCUGGGCCCUGCUAAAAUCUGUCACGCACAGAAACAUAAUUUCUGAGCUGGAACAAUUGGACUUCAUCAAUACAGAUGUGGGGCGUUGCCGUGCAUGGUUGAGGCUGGCUCUGAAUGAUGGCCUGAUGGAGUGUUACCUAAAACUCUUGCUUCAUGAAAAGGCUCAGCUCUCUGAAUAUUACCAUUCACCUGCUCUUCUUCUGGACACUGAGGAGGUUGAAUUUCUCCUCAGCUAUCUGCAGGGCUUGUCUUCUCUGGCCUUUGACCUCUCCUAUAAGUCAGCAGUUUUGAAUGAGUGGACCAUCACACCUUUAUCCUUGUCAGGCCUUUGCCCUGCCUUGGAACUGUUGGACCCUCUUGUGGGGCUGGAACCUCGAAGAAAGGAAUCGCUUAGUUCUCUCUCGCAGUCUUCUGGCUCUGAUGAAGUUGAAGCUCACCCAGCCAUCCUGCCUGUCCCUAAAAGUCAACAGGCAGAUAAACUCACAGCUUCCAACCUGAGCAUCAGCACAACAGGUUCCUCACAGCUCUCUUCCAGCCUUGGAUCUGACAGUGUUCUCCCAGCCAAUUCUGCCUGCACCCACAGCCCUGGCAGGGGUGAAGAGCCCAUCUCCAAUGACUCUGAACCUGACACAACAAAAGCAACAGCAGACCUGGACCGGUCCCUCCAAGAGGUCUUAGCAGAAUUUAGCAGAGCACAGAAAAAUUUGGAAUCUGUAGGAGUUCAUGAAGCUUACAUCCUCUCUCAGUCUUCCCCACCAGAGUACCCCUGCCCUGCCACCAGUUUCCGCACUGUGCACCUUCCUCGUACUGUAAUGGCAAAAUGCCCUGUUGAUGUCACACCACCUGCAAUGAUGACAAAUUCACAGCUUCCCAAUUUACCCAAGACUGGAGAACCUAUUAGUAGUACCAGUGUCCAGCAGGCUUCCAUGCUAGCCACAAUACCUGUGGCCAAAGAAGUUGUGGAUAUGUCCCAAACUCAUCGCAACAUCAAGAGAGGAGCUAAAGGCCGGACGAGUGAAGUCAGUAGUUAUGAAGGGAGCCUUCCAGGGACAGACCAGCUUCUUUCACCAGUCUCACCAGUGGUCUGUCCUAAAAGAAGCUGGAUCACUGAGGAUGAUUUUUACCUUCCUUCCCCUCCUGAGGAAACAGGAAAAAGCCUCUCCAGUUCUCCCAGCACCUCACUAGAGAGGCUUGCCAGUGGCCAACCUGCCAUGCUGUUGAGUGUCCCUGAUCAAGGCGAGCUCUCUGUGUCCUCCGCAGAGCCCAGCAAACACAAACUGUCUCCUGGGAGGGAGCGGAAGGGCUUUAGUGUUGUUCAUCGGAGACAAAUAGGUCUUUCCAAUCCAUUUCGGGGUCUCCUGAAGUUGGGGACCCUGGAACGUCGAGGGGGUAUGGGCAUCUGGAAGCAGUUCUUCUGUGAGCUCUCCCCUCUAGAGCUGCGGCUAUUUGUAGACUGUGAGGAGCGAGUAUGUGUGGAAAACUGUUCCCUGUUGAGAUGCGAGUCCUUAGGACGGUCUCACAGUGAUGGCCGCUUUGACCUGGUCUUUUCCAACAAACGACUGUGCCUUCGGGCUGCCUCUCAGGAUGAAGCAGAGGACUGGCUGGACCGGCUGCAUGAGGCCCUGAAAAAGUAUAGGCCACAACAGGAUGAAGGGUGGGAAACUCUAGAGUGCCCUGAGGCUGUGGAGGAUCCCGAGGAUUUCUCAGCAGGUGGACGGCCCGGUGAUUUGUCUUCCUUGGUGUAUGGUGGAACUGGCCCAACUGAGUUGGACUGGUCAUGUGCCUUGGCACCUGAGCUAGAUGCAGUCAAGGAGUCUGUCCUGUACUUGGAGGCUGAAAAAGCAUGGGUCCCUUUCGUAUUCUCCUUGUCCUUAGAAGCCUUGAAAUGCUUCAAAGCCAGAAAUGAUGAAAAGAUUCUGAGCAACAGCUUUGGAAUUGAGACCAUCCAAGAUAUCCUGCCAGAUGUGAGCCUGGGUGGACCCGCAUUUUUCAAGAUCAUCACUUCAAAAGCAGUGCUGAAGCUGAGAGCUGAGAAUGCAGAGGAGGCAGCUGAUUGGCGAGACCUGGUCCGCCGGGUGCUCAUGUCCUACCUGGAAAUGGCUGAGGAGGCCCUCACACUUGGAGGCAACCUGGAUGGCAAUUCACAGGCAAUCCUGAAGAAUACAGUUAAGGAGAAUGGAUACUUGCUGCAGUAUCUGGUUGCCAUCCCCAUGGAGAAGGGCCUGGACUGCCAAAGUUUCAUAUGUGCAGGCUGCUCCAGACAGAUUGGCUUUUCCUUUGUGAAGCCUAAGCUGUGUUCAUUCACUGGCCUCUAUUACUGUGACAAUUGCCACCAGGAUGAAGAGUCUGUGAUCCCUUCACGUCUGAUUCAUAACUGGGAUCUUUCCAGAUAUCCGAUUUGUUGCCAGGCCCUGAAAUUCCUAGCCCAAAUUCGAAAUCAACCCUUGAUUGACCUGAAGCUGGUGAAUGAAACCCUCUAUGACCAUGUAGACCAAAUGAGUCAGAUCUACAAGAGACGUGAGCAGCUGAAGCUGCUUGGAGACUACCUUGUCCUUUGUCGCAGUGGAGCUCUGAAGGAGAUCAGCAAGAGGCUUGACCACCGGCACUACCUCCUGGAGUGUCCCCAUAAAUACAGUGUGGCUGACCUGAGGCAGAUAUCAGACGGUGUGUUUGAAGCUUUUCUCCAGUCACUGAUCCAAUUUGCCUCCCACCAUGUCUACAGUUGUGACCUUUGUACUCAGAGGGGCUUCAUCUGCCAAAUAUGCAACAAAAAUGACAUCAUCUUUCCCUUUGAAUUUGAUACAACCACCAGGUGUAGUGAGUGCAAGACCGUCUUCCACAGUGGUUGCCAGGCAAAUACCAGUUUCUGUCCUCGUUGUGUCCGCCGGCAGAAAUACCACCAGCAACUGCAAGAAUCCCUUUAGAAAUGGUCUCAGCUGUAUCAGUCCUCUGGAUAAGAGUCUGGAGUUGGAUAAGAUUUUGGGGUACUCCAGAAGGCAAUUGGGAAAAGGGCUUAAUGGGCAGACGCUUAGGAGCAGUGGAAGGGCACUGCCAGCCACAGACUUUCUUCCAUCUGGGUUGUAGCCCUACAGCAACCAGUACAACCUCGCCGUCAGCUCUGGGGAAGGAACCCACAGAGAUGCUUCCUUGAACUGACCUAUUGCUGCCAUUAAUCUUCAUUCACUCUUGCCUUCCCAGCAAAUUCAUCCUUGUCCUUAAAUUUGGUGAAUACUGGAUAUAUUAAAGAGAUGUGUAGCAAGGACUCCCAAGGAGACCGAAUUGUAGUGGAUGCAUCUUGAUUUACAUUGCCAGAGAAAGGGAGUUUUGUUUUGUUUUUAACUGAUGCACUUUGCAGCAGAAUUCUCGUGCCUUCUGCACUUUACAGACUACUAUUGAAAUGUCCUGUGCCAAAAUGGCUGCUGCAUUCUUUAGAAAUGCAUUCCAUCCUGGGUGUCCUCCUCAAGCAAAGUGACCUUCUUAUAAAUAAGCUACCAUUCUUCUGUUCCUUUUUUUUAAUGCUAAGUCCGUGUAUUCCAAAUGUGAUUUUUAAUUCUUUUCUUUAAUUCUCCUAUGCAGAUAAUUAACUUUAUUUAAUAAAUAACUGAUUUCUUUUAUGAGUCUGUUACUUCUGCACAACAGCUUAUUUGCAUACUGACUGUUGACUUCUUGUAGGUUUAUGUUCACAGAGAGAUAAAUAACAUGGUGUAUUCAGGAAGAUGUUCCACAGAAUAUCUUAAUAACACUGAGGAGGAAAAGUUGAAGCCUGUAACUGGGAGGAGCCUUCAUUCAUUCAUUCAUUCAUUCAUUCAUUCAUUCA